AUGCCACUUUUCCCAAUAGUUUUGUGGGCACAAAAAAAAGAGUGCUUAUAUCUUACCAUAGAAUUACAAGAUGCAGAAGAUGUGAAAAUAGACUUAAAAGAAGAUAGUUUAUAUUUUUAUGGAAUUAAAGAAAAAAAUGAAUAUGAAUUUACUCUAAAUUUUUUAAAGCCAAUAAAUGUUGAGGAAUCAAAAUAUACUACAAAGAGAAACAUUAAAUUUAAAAUAAUAAAAAAAGAAAAAGAAAGAUGGAAAAGCAUAAAUAACGAUGGAAAAAAGCAUUGGAUAAAAUGUGACUGGAACUCUUGGGUUGAUACUGAUGAAGAAGAUAAAACAACUGAAUAUGAUGACAUGGCUAUGAAUAGUUUUGGCGGUAUGGGAGGUUUACCAGACAUGAGCCAAUUUGGCGGCAUGGGAGGUAUGGGAGGUAUGGGAGGAAUGGGCGGCAUGGGUGGCCUAGGAGGUAUGGGAGGUAUGGGAGGUAUGGGCGGUAUGGGAGAUAUCGAUUUUAGUAAAUUAGGUAACAUGGGAGGAGAUAUGUCUAAUCUUGCAGGAUUAGGAGGAAUGGACCAAUUUAAAAAUAUGCCAAAUAUGAAUGAUGACGAUUCAAGUUCUUAUGGUGAUGACUCAAGUGAUGAUGAUGAUGAAGAUGAUGAUACAAAUAAAAGUGAUGCAGAUCAUUCUCAUGCAUGUAAUGAUGCUAAAUGCAAUAUAGAUAAAGAUGGUGCUAUACAUAAUGAUGAUGCAAAAGUACAAGAACCAGUUGCUUAA